AUGGUCGUCAAGAAGCAUGAGCUCGAGGCCGCCCUGUAUGCCGAAAAGCAGCAGAUCAACAGCGGCCAGCUGAAAGAGGACAAUCCGCUUGAUACUAGCGAUGCCUUUCGUAUCUUUUGUGAAGCGUGCAGGAGUCUNAGGGGUGACUUGAAGGUGUGCCAGGAACAAAUCUCGGCUGGUGUCAACAUCAACGCAAGAGACCGCUACGAUUACACGCCCUUGAUCCUGGUACGUCGUGAUCCAAGCCGCUGCACAGGCCGCCGUCGACGACAACGACUAAUGGACUUGAUGGGCAGNGCCAGUUUAUGCGGCCACUACGAGGUGUGCCAACACCUUCUUGAGUCCGGAGCAUUGUGUGAGCGUGACACCUUCCAAGGCGAACGCUGUCUGUACAAUGCUUUGAACGACCGCAUUCGCAAUCUGCUACUGCAGUACGACUUUUCCAAGUCGACCGAUCCUUUGCAGCCGCUGGCUGCCCAUACGACCUCGUUGCUCUCGAGACCAGACCCAAAGACUGCCGACAUCGUUGUCACCACUUACGACCGGGACUUUGCCUUGCACAAGUUCAUUCUUGCUGCCCGCUCUCCAUACUUCGCCGAGAAGCUCGCCCACCAACCAGAUACCACCUCUUGGAAAUUGCCGCCGAAGAUACCUUCUCAGUCCUUCAGUUCCGUCGUUCGCUAUCUGUACCUGGGCGAAGCUUCAGCCGAGUUGAGUGAAGAUGAAGAAGAGCAAAAGGCCAUCCUCGCUGGUAUCGACAAGCUGGGCAAACAACUCGAGGUCCCUACACUGUUUGAGACCAUCAUCGAUGGUGGCGACAGACGCAUGGCAAGGCAACGUAGGACAGAAGAGAUGGCUCGUGGCCGCGAUCAGUUUGCCACUUGGUUCCAGGCCAACGUCUUACGACACAAGGUCCACACUGACACUGAGAAGGCCGAUCAAGUCAAAUGGGACAGAGACAAUGCCAUCUUCGCCGAUGUUUUGCUUAGAGCAGAUGAACCAGAAGAAGAUACAGCGGACGAUCCUCAAUCGACGCAAAAAGAGGUUCGCAGCACCGAGGGGCCCCUGAAUGGUAUACCUAUCGGAAACUUUUCAUCAGGGCAGGCCUCGACAGAAACUCUCACGCGCAAACGCAAGUCUGUACUCUUCCCUGUACAUCGAGCCAUGUUGUUGCGAUCCGAGUUUUUCAGCGCCAUGUUCUCGUCAAGUUUUAGAGAAGCCCAAGAGUCGCCACAUUUGCACAUCGUCCCUGUCGACUGCUCGCCUCAGGUUCUGGAGAUUGUCUUGACCUAUCUCUACACCGAGAAGGCAGAUUUCUCACUAGAUGUGGCCGUUGAUGUCCUCUUUGCUGCCGAUCUCUUGUUCAUCGAGAAGCUGAAACAGAGGGCUGCAGUCAUCAUAUCAACUCUCGGUAACGGUGGUGCUUCUGUGGUCGAGUCUGAGAACCCGCGAGGGGAAACAGCUAUCGAGGAUGUGAUAGAUGUUUACGACAUUAUUCGUGCCGGCUGGGACACACGUGUCCAUCGUCUCGAAGAAUUUGGUGCUCGAUAUAUUGCCUAUCGUUUAGAGCGUUUUAUCGAUGACCCAGAAUUUGCAGAGUUGGUCAGGGAGAGUGCUUCGAGAAUUCAAGGGCGUCAAGAAACAGAUACAGUCGAGCUUAUUGAUGACAUCCGCUACUAUCUCUCUGAUCGAUUCCGUCUGAGAAUGGAAGAUUCGGGUAUAGAGCAAAUGACAGAUGAGACAGAAACACUGGAUCCUGCCGCAUUGGCUGGUAAGGAUGUCUUUGAUCCUAGCGAGAUCAUGUUCGCAGAGGACGAGGGUGUCGAUAUUCACUCGGGCAUAACGCCGCCACAAGACUUGCACGACCACGACAACAAUCUGAUCAUUCGCACGCUGGAUGGAGAGAUUGCUGGUGAUGAAUUUGCACAAGAUGCUAUCAACUACCAAAUCCUUCUUGGCAAGAUCGACAACCUUCUGGACAAACUUACAUUGGAUGCCUAG